AUGGCGUCUGCUCCCAUUUCCAACGAAAUAUUGAGGACCUCGAGCAAAAAUCGCGACCAAAAGGAUGACCUUAUACGACUGGAUAUGUCUCAAGUUGAUCCUGAAGAAGAGCGUGAACUCCGCUGGAUGUUUGAUCUAAACUUGCUACCUCCUAUGGCAUUUAUGUACCUUUGUAAUGCUUUAGAUAAAGGAAACGUCGGAAAUGCAAAAACCGAUGGAUGGGAUAAAUUUUGGGACGCCUAUUUCUUUAUUUGUGAAGAGAUAUUCCGCUGCACGCAUCCUUCCUCUGAUGAUGAUUGGAUUUGUGAGCCUCUUCAUGCCAAUCGUACUCAAAUCGGUUUUAUUCAAGCCGCCCUCGUCGAUAUAUUAGGGCUCGAUCGAGGGGAACUUGCCUCUCGAAUCGGCCUUUUCUACGGUAUAGGCAGUCCUAUUUUGCCCAAAACGACGGUCCCCAUCAACGUGGUCUAG